ACAACAACAGCAGCAACCACAAACUGCGGUACGUCAGGCGGCCCCCCAGGCAUCCACCAGUUCCGGAGCAUCUGGCUCUGGUGGGCAGCAGAGCGGCGGAGGAUGGCAGAAGCAGGGCGGCGGCGGACAGGCAGGCCAAGGAUGGGGCGGACAGCAAAAACAAUCGCAGGGACAGCAGGGCCGUGCGCCUUUUCAGCAACCCAGAGCUUCACAGCAGGAUCAGGGACAUCAAGGUGGCUACCAGCAGCGCCAGCAGGGGCAGGGGGGAUACCAAGCCCAGGGCCAGCAGGCGAGAGCUCCGCAGCAGGAUCAGGGACCACAAGGUGGCUACCAGCAGCGCCAGCCAGGACAACAGGCUCAGGGCAGAUACCCGCAGCACCAGCAGGGCCAGGGGGGAUACCAGGCCCAGGGCCAGCAACCCAGAGCUCCACAGCAGGAUCAGGGCCAACAAGGUGGCUACCAGCAGCGCCAGCAGGGACAACAAUACCAAUCCCGUGGACCGCCACAGAGAGGAGCGCAAGCAGCCCCAAUGCUACCGCAGCCGGCGGGCAGCAUCAAGCGAGGAACGAUCGGCAAACCCGGCCAGGUGGCCGUUAACUAUCUGGACAUUGACAUGUCGAAAAUGCCACCCAUGGCCUAUCACUACGAUGUGAAGAUCAUGCCUGAGCGCCCGAAGAAGUUCUACAGGCAGGCCUUCGAACAGUUUCGCAUCAAUCAAUUGGGCGGUGCUGUCGCCGCCUAUGAUGGCAGAGCCUCCUGCUACUCGGUCGAUAAGCUGCCGGUGAAGACCCAAAACUCGGAAGUCACUGUGACAGAUAGUAAUGGUCGCACUCUACGCUACACGGUGGAAAUAAAGGAGACCGGUGAUUCGGAGAUCGAUUUGAAGUCGCUAAACAACUACAUGACUGAGAGGAUCUUCGACAAGCCAAUGCGAGCCAUGCAGUGCAUGGAGGUGGUGAUGGCUGCACCCUGCCACAACAAGGCAAUUCGAGCCGGUCGCUCCUUCUUCAAGAUGUCCGAUCCCGGUAAACGUUGGGAACUGGACGAUGGAUACGAGGCCCUGGUCGGUCUAUAUCAAGCCGUCAUACUGGGCGAUAAGCCAUUCCUAAACGUAGACAUUUCGCAUAAAUCCUUUCCCAUUGCCAUGCCGGUUAUCGAAUAUCUGGAGCGAUACGGUCUAAAGACGAGAAUUAACAACACUACUGAUCUGGGUUAUUCGCGACGCCACAUCGAGCCGUUCCUAAGAGGCAUCAAUGUGGUGUACACACCACCUAAGUCGUUUGCCACCGCUCCAAGGGUCUACAAAGUAAAUGGGUUAUCUCAAAGCCCGGCAAGCAGUCAGACCUUCGAGCAGGAUGGCAAGAAAAUCACAAUUGCGGACUACUUCAAGAGUCGCAACUACAAACUGCAGUAUCCCCAUCUUCAUUGCUUGCACGUUGGGCCGGCGGUGAAAAAUAUUUUACUGCCCAUCGAACUCUGCACCAUCGAGGCAGGUCAGGCGUUAAAUCGCAAGGAUGGAGCCACUCAGGUGGCCAACAUGAUAAAGUUUGCUGCCACAUCGACGAACGUGCGAAAGGGCAAGAUUAUGGAUUUGCUGAAAUUCUUCCAGCACAACGCUGAUCCGACCAUCAGUCGCUUCGGGAUUCGCAUUGCCAAUGAUUUUAUUGUGGUCAGCACCCGGACCCUCAACCCACCGCAGGUUGAGUAUCAAGGAAACAAGUGGUGUCCAGUGAGGAACGGAUCGUGGCGCAUGGACAGCAUGCGGUUCCUGGAGCCCAAGCCCAAGGCCCACAAGUGGGCCAUAGUUUACUUCGAUCCGCCGCAAGGUCGUAAGAUGCACUUCAACCAGGUGGGCGACUUCGAGCGCCAAGUGCUUAACCAAAGCAAGUCGGUAAGCAUGAGCCUGGCCGCAAAGGCGGAGUUUAGGACGUUCAAGGACGAGCGCAGCCUGGACGAGGUCUUCGGGGAUCUUAAGCGCAACCAGUUCGAUCUGGCCUUCGUAAUUAUUCCCCAGUUCGGGGCAUCGUAUGACACCAUCAAGCAAAAGGCCGAGCUGCAGCAUGGCAUUUUGACGCAGUGCAUCAAGCAGUUUACGGUCGAGCGAAAACUUAAUCCCCAGACCAUCGGAAAUAUCCUACUCAAGGUGAACUCCAAGUUAAAUGGCAUAAACCACAAGCUCAAGGAUGAUCCCCGAAUGCCGAUGCUUAAGAACGCCAUGUUCCUGGGCGCCGAUGUGACCCAUCCCUCGCCCGAUCAGCGCGAGAUUCCCAGCGUGGUGGGCGUGGCAGCCUCGCACGAUCCCUACGGAGCCGCCUACAAUAUGCAAUAUCGUCUACAGCGUUCGGCUCUGGAGGAGAUCGAGGACAUGCAGUCGAUCACGUUGGAGCACUUGCGCGUAUAUCAGCAGUACCGCAAAUCCUAUCCGGAGCAUAUUCUAUACUAUCGAGAUGGUGUGAGCGACGGCCAGUUCCCUAAGAUCAAGAACGAGGAGCUUAGGGGCAUUAAUGCAGCCUGUGCCAAGGUGGGAAUCAAGCCCAAGAUUUGCUGCGUGAUCGUGGUGAAGCGUCAUCACACUCGCUUUUUCCCCAACGGGGAACCAUCGCAGUACAACAAGUUUAACAACGUGGACCCCGGAACCGUGGUCGAUCGCACCAUCGUGCAUCCCAACGAGAUGCAGUUCUUCAUGGUCAGCCACCAGUCCAUCCAGGGAACGGCCAAGCCUACGCGCUACAAUGUGAUUGAGAACACGGGCAAUUUGGACAUCGACCUGUUGCAGCAGUUGACCUACAAUCUGUGCCACAUGUUUCCCCGCUGCAAUCGCUCGGUUUCGUACCCGGCUCCGGCCUACUUGGCCCAUUUGGUGGCGGCACGCGGUCGUGUUUACCUCACUGGAGCCACUAGGUUCCUGGAUUUGAAGAAGGAAUACGAGAAGCGCAAGAUUGUGCCCGAAUUUAUGAAGACUAACCCCAUGUACUUCGUUUAAGAAACGAGUAUUACGUGUUAAUUGUAAUCUUUUUAUAUUUAUCACAUUUCUUAAACCAUAUACAUAUAUAUCAGAUGAAAGGGACUCACUCUGUUGAUUGCAUUAUGAGCUUGUUUUUGAAGUGAUGUCUUGAUUGAUUUACAUUUUUAUUCUUACAAUUUGCGGCAAUCCAAGGCGUCAAUGAGAUGGAAAAGCUCAUAAUGAAAUCCACAGGUGCGGUCCUUAAUUUGGGCAUAUUGAUAAACGUUAAAUAAUCAUACAAUAAUAAACUCAACUGACUUUUGGUUGAAACAAAACGG